AUGAUGCUCCGCCAAACUAGCGCAUCCCCACUCUCGCCUGAAGGCAAAUCGGCGCGGUACCUCGUUGUAAUCGAGGUGAGGACCACAGCCGAUACCGCUGCCUGGCCCGAGCUCAGUAGUCUCGUCCGAUCCUACGUGCGCGUGCAGGCCAGCCGACGACUGACCGCGGGACACCUGCCGCCGUUUCUUCCCGGCGCCACCAUCUCCCUGGCAGACGCGCCACCUCUUCUGAGAGAUGAUGUUGUGUCGGUGCGAGUGUGCGAUGUCUCCUUCCCGAUAGGCUGCUCAUGGACAAACGUGGAGGAGGUGUGUUUCUGCAUGCGACUUUACCGACUCUGCGGCGAAGCUGGCUGUACGCCACUCUCAGCUGUCGCGUCCACCCCGGCCGCUCAGUCGUCUCUGCCAGCGUGGUGCACGGCUGACAACAUGCACCGCGGCGGCGAAGACGACAAUACGUCGAGCUUCACUCUGACGCCCCUGCCGCACGUCUCACUGGAGGGCCAGUGGGAGUCGCUGCACUACGGCGAGAGUGAGGCAGCGUCAAUUGCGUUCAAGCGGGACAUUGUGAGCUAUGUGGACACCGCCAUGCGUUUCGCCCGCGCCGGGGUUAGCCCCAACGUCGUAGCGUGGAAUCGACUUGUUCUUUUCCACGGCCCACCAGGCACGGGCAAGACGUCGCUGUGUCGCGCCCUGGCGCAGAAGCUAUCGAUUCGCCUCGCCUCCUCGGUGUAUGCUCGGGCGUGCCUUUUAGAGAUCAAUGCUCACAGCUUGUUCAGUCGCUGGUUCAGCGAGAGCGGCAAGCGAGUGCUGGAGCUGUUUGAGCAGGUGCGCUGCAUCGCUGACGACAAGGAAUGCUUGAUUUGCUGCGUGAUGGACGAGGUGGAGAGCCUCGCGGCGGCUCGCGCCUCCGCGAUGAAGGGCAAUGAACCCUCUGAUUCCAUUCGUGUGGUGAAUGCGCUGCUCACGCAGAUAGACCGACUACAGGACUGCCAAAACAUCAUUGUGCUCGCCACGACCAACUUGACAGCGGCAAUUGAUACUGCACUGCUGGACAGAGCGGAUAAGCGUGUGCAUGUUGGCCCGCCAGGCCUGCAGGCACGCUUCCUCAUACUAUAUGCAAGCGUGCAGGAGCUGCUGGACAAAGGGUUGGUGGCUGCGCCGCAAGCCGGGACGUCAGUGCUGCCCGACGAACCGAACUGGCUCUCUGCUGCGAACGAGCCUAGUGAGAAAGGCCGAGCGGUACCCGAGGGCAACGUGGGUACGUACGGGAGUCUUGACAGUCAUUCACUGAAUGGCGGCGGCGGCACUAGCGACGCUGUCCACAUGUGGAAUGAGGAGCUCAACGCGUCGCAUGACAGAUCUAGUAGGUUUCACAAACCCCCGCUGGAGGCGAUGGCGUCGCCCACGAGUCUGGGAACGGUUUCUGCUCCGCACCCAGCACAUCACCAGCCACCGUUGCACUGCUUAUCUGGAGCAGCAUACACGAUCAGUACGCUGCUCCAUCAUAUUGCGGAGGUGUGCGCGGGGCUAAAUGGCCGCACCUUGAAGAAAUUGCCGUUCUUGGCUUACGGGGCAUGCAUGUGCAGUUUCUCCUCCUCCAGCGGCUGCGGUGGCAGCGAGUCGGCCUGGCAGGUCAAUCAGAGCGGUAGGGUCGAUGCGCCUCUGCCGCUGCGCGACUACCUGGAGGCGUUGUUCAAGGCUGCACAGGAGGCUGCUGCGAUGGCGUUAUUCGAUGCCAAUCGCAGUGCCUAA